AUGCUAGCUCAAAACAUCGUUCAAUUCCAGCAAACUACCAAUAUUACUCUCCAACAACAUUCAGCUGCUCUAACCAAAAUGGAGACACAAUUAGGUCAGAUUGUUGAUGCUUUGAGUCAAAGAGAACCUAGGAAAUUUCUAAGCCAACUGGUGAUACUUCAAAGGAACCAAAAACAAGCCAAAGUGGUAAUAACACUUAGAAGUGGUCCCACUCAAGAAGAGAAUGAGAAACUGAAUGACGAUCCAAGCAAUGCCACUUCUUCGUCUAAAGCUCCAAAUUUUCACAAGGCUGAAAAAAACCUUACACUCCUCCCAUCCCAUUUCCUGGAAGACUUGCCAAAGGCAAGCAGGAUAAUGUAUGAGAAAUUUUUCAAGGAGCUAAACACUUAUAAGAGGAAGUAUGGACUUAAUGAGAAGGUGAUGGUGUUUGAAAAUGUGAGUAAUGUGCUUCAAAGAAAGCUCCCACCAAAACUCUAA